GAACAUAGAAUAUCAAUUGUUAACAGUCUCUUGCGUGUCUCAAUUUUCUUCCUCUCUCUCUCCCUCUAUAAAGACUCUCUCUCUCUCCCCCCCUUGGUUUUGUUGGGUAGCAGCCAUGGGAAGAGCUCCCUGCUGUGACAAGACUAAGGUGAAGAAAGGGCCUUGGUCUCCUGAAGAAGAUGCUGCUCUCAGAGACUACCUUCAGAAGCAUGGCACUGGUGGCAAUUGGAUUGCAUUGCCUCGCAAAGCUGGAUUGAAGCGCUGUGGCAAGAGUUGUCGUCUGAGAUGGCUCAAUUAUCUUAGGCCAGACAUCAAGCAUGGUGGUUUCACUGAAGAAGAAGACAACAUCAUUUGUACCCUCUACAGUGAAUUGGGCAGCAGAUGGUCUGUCAUAGCUGCUCAAUUACCAGGAAGAACAGACAACGAUGUGAAGAAUCACUGGAAUACCAAACUGAAGAAGAAGACGAAGAAGCAAAUGGCAGCUGCAGCAGCAGAAACCAACACUGCAGCUACCAUCAACCACCACCAAAACCCUGACACCAACAUGCUUAAUCUUCAGAACUCAACACCUUCUUCAAUGGCUUUUUCAGCCUUGCUAAAUGAUCAAAUUAGUUCUCCAUCAAUUUCAUCAGUAACCAGCGCUACAGUUGCUUAUGGAUUAGGCACCAUUAAUACCCAAAGCUUCUUGCAUCACCAAAUCCACUACCCUCUUCCAGAUCUUGCAGACUUAUCUGGAUUUCGAGCAACCAUGAAGACAACUCAUGGCGCUCCAUCAUCUGAAGACCUCACAAGCUUUUUGGGUUUUUCGGUCACCAUGGAUGGCAACUACAUGCCAUUGUCCGGCAUUUCAGGCAGUGAAAAUGAUGGGGUUUUUAUGGAUUUUGGCACUGCAGUCCUGCCUUGUGAGAAUACUAUGAGUGGAAUUUGGUCUCAAGAGAGUACUAUAAGUGAAAUUGGGGCCUCUUACACAAACCCACGAGGGCUCUAUAUAUGAAGAGAACUACUAACUAACCAGGGAUUUGAUAUUAAGGGCCUUCUAAGAGGUUGAUCUAUAUAUGCUUAUUGUGUUAAACUUCAUAGGAACCUACUACCUACAUAUAUGUAAAUGAAAUCUCAUUCUAGCUAGCCUGUUGAAAGCUAGGGUCUGGACCUCUGGUUUCUAAUCAGAGAGAGAUUGAUGUGCGUUCUGUGUAAAUCAAAUUGAAAUCAUUCAAACUUAGGAAGCACAUUUUAGAGUGGCUCUCUCUCUCUCUCUCUCUCUAUAUAUAUAUAUAUAUGUAUAUAUACACACAUGUGGGUUUCAUGGAAGAUGCAGUGGUCAUCGCACAUGCUUGCAAUAUUGUAUACUUUUUAGAGGGUAAGAUGAUGGGACGUGAAUGUGAGGGAAACAACACGCAGUUGUGUUUGUUUCUUGAAGGUCAGUGUCAUGAAACUAGCGUGGGAUUGGGGCCUAUUCAAAAGUUAAGCCAUUCUAACUUUCAAUAUGUCAAGAGACUUUCAUUUCAAGUGUAUAACCAACCUUCAUGUAAUGUACAAUAU